AUCAUUUCCGAGGUGUGUAUGAACGCAGCAUGACGCCGCCUGUGGUGGCUCAUUACAUUAUCUGGCAACCGGAGUGGCAGCGGACAGAAGAGAGGGGAUCCCCGGGAUUUUUUUACGCCAAAGCCAGCUAAAUACUGACGCCAAACAAGUGAAAAUCGCGGGGGAACUCGACCCGGCUCCUCCUAUAUACUCCGGUGAGAGCAGCCAUGUCAGAAGAGGCGGUGCGUCAAACGCGCAGCCAGAAGCGAGCUCUGGAGAGGGACCAUGCAGCUCUUGGCGGUUCCCCGGGGGACAUGGACGGCAAGCGGGUAAAGCUGGAGAGAGGUGAUGCAGCUGGGGCCCCGCUGGCCCUGGUGGGACCUGCAGCUGAGGGCAUGAAGCUGAAGAGUGAGCAGGCUGCUAAGGUCGCAGCCAGCAUCCUGAAGACUGGGGAGGUGAAGGCCACCAUCAAGUUGGAGGUGCAGACCGGAGACGAACCUGUGGAUAUGAGCACAUCCAAAAGUGACAUUAAGAAAGAACAACAGCCGCCUUCUCCAGAUGAUGUGAUUGUGUUAUCAGACAACGAGCCGUCCAGUCCCGUCAUGAACGGCCACUGCUUCACGAAGACGGACACAGAUAAGCUCAUGAAGAGCUCACCUGAGGAAAGGGAACGUAUCAUAAAACAGCUCAAGGAGGAACUGAGGCUCCAAGAAGCCAAACUGGUUCUCCUGAAGAAACUACGACAAAGCCAGAUCCAGAAGGAAAGCACUGUACAGAAGGCGAGCGGCUCAGUGGCCACUCCUCCUCCUCUAGUGCGAGGCAGCAUGACGUCCAGUAAAGGACCCCUUCAGGUGACGGGUCGUAGCUCAGGCACGGUGAUCCCCCCACCCUUAGUGCGGGGCGGACAGCACGUCCCGUCCAAACACAACUCUCAGAUUGUGAUGCCACCCUUGGUCAGAGGAGCCCAGCAGCCUAUUGCAGUGACCCCUCAGCAGAUCGCUAGCCUGCGGCAGCACCAGCAGCACAGCGGUUCAGGUCCGCCCCCACUGUUACUGGCCCCCAGGGCUUCUGUCCCCAAUGUCCAGAUCCAGGGCCAGAGGAUCAUUCAGCAGGGACUCAUUCGAGUGGCUAACGUGGCCAACAACGUCAUGGGCUCCUCCGGUCUUAAGGGCUCGUCUCCCAGCUCCAGUGUCAACGAUUCUCCGGCUAGCAGGCAGGCAGCCGCUAAGCUAGCUCUAAGGAAGCAGCUGGAGAAGACUCUGCUGGAGAUUCCUCCACCCAAACCUCCUGCUCCCGAGUUCAACUUCCUGCCAUCUGCGGCUAAUAAUGAGUUCAUCUACUUGUUGGGGUUAGAGGAGGUGGUUCAAAAGCUACUCGAGAUGCACGGCCGGGGUAAUCUGGGUCCUGCUGCUUCCAUGGCCAGCUCCAAUCCCAAAGACCCGUACACCUGCGCCCAGUGCAAGACGGACUUCACCUCCCGCUGGAGGAAGGAGAAGGCCGGCACCAUCCUCUGCGACCAAUGCAUGUCGUCCAAUCAGAAGAAGGCCCUGAAGGCCGAGCACACAAACCGUCUGAAGGCAGCCUUUGUGAAGGCGCUCCAGCAGGAGCAGGAGAUCGAGCAGCGUAUCCUCCAGCAGACGGCCUCCUCAUCCUCCUCCAAAACCACCUCGUCCUCCUCUCCCUCGCUGUCCAAGAGCGAGGUGCUGAUAUCCCCGCAGUACAAGCAGAUCAGGUCUGACUUGCAGCACCGAUCAGUGUCUGCACACCACUCCAUUAAGCAGAGUCAUUUGGCGCACAGCAUCCAGUCUCGUGGCGUGGCGCAUUCCUUUACCUCCUCCCAGCUGCAGAACGCGGUGACGGCGGCCGCGCUGGGCAGCAGAGCAGGGAAACACGCUGCCGCUCUCUCACUGCAGCAGGGAGCAAAGGUCAGCGCCAGCAGCAGCGGUAACCAGGGCAACAUGGGAGCCUGGAGGAAGCAGGGCAGUGGGAACGCAGGAGUGACGAUGGCCUACGUCAAUCCCAGCUUGUCUGCUCAUAAGACCUCCUCUGCAGUGGAACGUCAGCGGGAAUAUCUGCUGGACAUGAUUCCUUCCCGCUCCAUCUCCCAAGCAGCAAACACAUGGAAAUAAUGCAACUUCCUCCUGACGCCACAGCUUUUAGCCCUCCUAAUAUCAAUAACAGCCAUGCUCAUUAUCAUUCUGUUUUCUAUAAACUCUGGCUCGGACGGCCAGGACAAGAACUUUUUUUUUUUUUUUUUUUUUUCUCGUCGAUCAGAGGGUGUAUUCAAACCUUU